AAAGAAAAAAGAAAUGUACAAUCCUAGCGCGAAGAACAUUUGUUCACUGGUACGUUUAACUUCACCGAAAAUCAAACCCUCGUCUUCUUCCAUCAAAAUGCGAAUAACCAGACUUUCAUCGGCGGCCAAAAGGGAGAUAAACCCCUCUAUUCAAUCGAAAAACUCAGGUUGUGAAACUGCAAGUGAUGAAUCUGCACAAAAAUCUGUUCGUGUCUAUAUUAGAAAAAAAAGAUCCAAUAAAACUGUUCAACCCAUAGUUGAAGAAAUUAAUCCUGAAAUUAUUGAUGAAAAGCCAUGCAGUCUACCCGAGAUUGAAGAUUUUGCAUAUGGAAAUGGCAACAGUGUUUCCCGUUUGACAAAGCUACCUGAGAACUGGGAAAAGGUUCUAGAAGGAAUACGUACAAUGAGGUCUUCGGAAGAUGCUCCUGUAGACUCGAUGGGUUGUGAAAAAGCCGGCAGCUCCCUUCCUCCUAAGGAACGAAGGUUUGCGGUUUUGGUAUCGUCACUAUUGUCAAGCCAAACAAAGGAUCAAGUUACUCACGGAGCUAUUCAACGGCUUCUUGAAAAGGAUUUGCUUACGGCGGAAGCCAUUGACGGAGCGAAUGAAGGUGCAAUAAAGGAACUAAUUUACCCUGUGGGAUUUUAUUCAAGAAAAGCAAGUAACAUGAAAAAGAUUGCGAAAAUUUGUCUAUCAAAGUACGACGGAGAUAUUCCUAGUACGCUGUCUGAAUUGCUCGAGCUUCCUGGGAUUGGUCCCAAAAUGGCUCAUUUGGUAAUGAAUGUAGCGUGGAAUAAUGUUCAAGGAAUAUGUGUAGAUACUCACGUACACCGGAUUUGUAAUCGGCUUGGAUGGGUUUCACGGCCCGGCACUAAGCAGGUAACUAACUCCUCAUUGGGUAGCAAUUUUCGCAAAAUAUUCAGUGGAAUAAAAAAGAUGUUUUGA